AGUGAGCCACCUGACACAUACCUACAUGUCACACCUGACGCAUACCUACAUGUCACACCUGACGCAUACCUACAUGUCACACUUGACACAUACCUACAUGUCACACCUGCAGACGAAGCCACCUCCGCCUUAGACGCAGAGUCUGAGCACUUGGUGCAAGAGGCCAUUGACCGCAUGUUGGAGGGCCGCACAGUGCUGGUGGUGGCCCAUCGCCUGUCCACCAUCCGCAAUGCAG